UAUUUUUUGUAUUCAGUUUGCAUCUAGCCUUUAAUCUUACUAGUUUAGCAUAAUGAACAUUGAUAUUCAAAAAGAAUAUUUUGUACUCAUGUGAAUUUGACAGUCUUUUCAAAAAUUUCUAUUCACUUAACAUUUUCUAAGUUUAAUUUAUCACACAGGUAAGUGAAAAAAUCUUUAUUGCUUUUUCAAAUACGAUAUAAUUGUACAAAAAAAAUGAAAAAAACGAAAAAAUCCAAAAAAAAACCGACUAAAAUCAAAAUCGAAAAAACCUGAUUUAAUUUUUAGAUAUAAUAAACCGACAUAAUUGAUUUAAAUUUUUUAAAAUAAAAAAUCAAACCAAACCGACCUAUAUACGCCCCUAAUUAAAACAUAAAGGACCAUUGCCCCUUAAUUCACCCUUCACAUCCCCACUACCUUUCAGUACAGAAUUAUUAUGCAAGAAAGUCCAAUUAAGAAGCUACUUUAAUAAACAUUUUCUUUUCAAAAAUAAAAUAAAAUUCACGUGUUAAAUAAAUUACAUAUUAUAGAAGAAAAUGUAACAUAGUAGGCAUCGCAAUUCCAAAGGAGUACUAGAUGAACAUGUAUUACACACGUAAAGGACUAAAAGAGGACCAUUGCCACUUAAUUCACCCUUCACAACCUCAGCACUUAAUUGCAAUGAUGAAAAUUCAAAUACCAAAUUACUUUACUAGACCUUUCACUAGAAAAAAAAAAAAAUCGAUAUCACGUAAACUAUUAUCAGAUAAAUCAUAUAUUAUAAGCUAUCGUCCCCCAUCAAGUAUAUUAAUUAUCAAAAGGUGAAGAUAUGAAGAAGUGGAUGUAUAACCUAACCUCCAAACAUGGAAGAGAAUUGAACUAAGAACUUUUUUGAAUUAUUAGAAGGAACAUGUAUCACACAUAGAAAAUGACCCUACCCCACCCCAACAACCCAAAAGAAGAAAAUUAAACCACAUAUCCAUAUUUGCAUUUACAAAUCCUAUAAAUAAUGAAGCUUAUAGCUUCCCAAGUCCAAAAAACAAACUCAAUACCAACUUCUCCAAUGGCCCCAACUUGCAACCAAAACCAAAUGCAUAGCCAAAAUGGUAACCAAUUUCCACAAGAAGUAGUUGUUGUUGUGGUUCCAUUUCCAGCACAAGGCCACUUAAACCAACUUCUUCAUUUUUCUCGUCUCAUUUCGUCCUACAAUAUACCAGUUCAUUACAUUACCACCACAACUCACACUCGUCAGGUCAAUUUUCGAGCUCAUGGUUUUAAAUCAACAAACAACAUUCAUUUUCACGAAUUUCCAACCCCUAUUUUCAACUCUCCUACACCUAACAACAACUCGAAUCCAUCAAUCAAAUUCCCUUCACAUCUUCAACCUUCCUCUCAAAUCUCCACCAACCUAAGAAACCCCGUUGCAAAGAUUUUACAUUCCCUCUCACAUAAUAAAACGCGGAGAAUUGUUAUCAUCCACGAUUCCCUAAUGGGGUCAGUUGUUCAAGAUUAUCGCGACAUUCCAAAUGCAGAAGCCUACACUUUCCACAGCGUUUCGGCUUUCACAAUAUUUUUGUACGUGUGGGAAAGCAUGGGGAGGUCUUCUUCUAUCGACGUUGACAUGAUAAAAGACCUCCCGUCGAAUGAUGGUUGCUUCACCCCCGAAUUUACAACAUUUGUUCGACGCGAACAUGAGUAUAGUAAGUUUAAUUCAGGCAAGAUUUAUAACACGUCAAGAGUCAUAGAAGGUCCUUUUCUUGAUUUACUAUCUAAGGAACAAAUCAAUAAAGGCAAAAAACAGUGGGCUUUAGGCCCAUUUAACCCUAUUACAAUCUCAGGGCCCACCCAACAAAGACACUAUUCAUUAACUUGGCUAGACAAACAAGUACCUAAGUCAGUUAUUUUUGUGUCAUUUGGAACCACAACUUCAUUUUCUUAUGAACAAAUCAACGAAAUUGCAAUAGGGUUGGAACAAAGUCAACAAAAAUUCAUUUGGGUAUUGAGAGAUGCGGAUAAAGAGAACGUUUUCUCACAAGAUUUCACUAAAAAGAUCGAACCGCCAAAAGGGUUUGAGGAGAGAGUGAAGGAAAGAGGGAUAGUGGUAAGAGAUUGGGCCCCACAACUAGAAAUAUUGGCCCAUAAUUCGACGGGCGGAUUUUUGAGUCACUGUGGUUGGAAUUCAUGCAUGGAGAGUAUUUCAAUGGGAGUUCCUUUAGCCGCAUGGCCAAUGCAUUCGGAUCAACCUAGGAACACGGUGUUGAUAACGAAAAUACUACAAGUCGGGUUGGUCGUUAAGGAUUGGGCUCAACGAGACGAGUUGGUAACGCUCAAUAGAAUCGAAAAGGUUGUGAGGAUUUUAAUGGCAUCAAAAGAAGGAGAAGAAAUGAGGAAAAGGGCAAAAAAGUUGAGUUUUGAUGUGAAGAAUGCCGUCGGAGAAAAUGGUGUCACAAAAAAUGAGUUUGAUGCUUUCAUUGCUCAUAUUGCUAGAGCAAUUUGAUAUCUUUCAAUAUAUUUUUAUGAUCAGUAUCGUAUGCAAUAUUUUUUAUAAGCUUACUUAUAUUAUAAAAAGUAAUUAUUAAUAAAUGAAUAUUUUAUUAUAAUGCCAUGCAAUGUAAUUCUUAAAAUAUAUAUACAUAUAUAUCAAUUAUUUUUGUUUUGCUUAUUAGUUGUAAAUACAUGUAUACUGUUGUUUCGGUUUUGUUUGUCUCAAUUUG